UUCCAUUCAUGGGUCGGUGGGCUUAGGCCCAUGAGUUGUGGUGUGAGCGGAGGAGCAAGUAGCGCGCGUGAGGGUGGAGGAAAACCUAGUUGUGGCUACUCAGAACAGCAGCAUCCAUGGCCAGUAGGAGGUGCCUCCAACUGCGACCGUUAACGACCUUUCUCUUCUCUAACCCAUCAUCUCUCCGAUCACUCUUUGUUCCCCCUUUUCCCAACUCCAACUCUUCAUCACCUCUUCUUCCCUUUUUCACCAUUUCCAAUCCCACCUCUGCUUUUCCACAAUGCCCCCAGCUACGAUAUUUCUCUUCCGACAACCACCAAGACCAUAGCGAGGAAGAAUAUGAUGAUGAUGAUGAUGACGACGACGACGACGUCGAUGAUGAAGAUGACGACCAUAUUCACGUGUCGAGUGGGAAGAAGGCCUAUACGAAGGAGGAGAUGGAAGCAGAAGCGGCGGCUAUUGGCUACAAAGUGGCGGGGCCCCUUCUAAAGGAUGAUGAUCGGGUUUUUAAGCCCUACGAGCCUGUUUUUGCUGUUGUUCAGAUUGGUUCGCACCAGUUUAAAGUAAGCAAUGGGGACAGCAUUUUCACUGAAAGAUUGAAGUUUUGCGAAGUGAAUGAUAAGUUGAUCUUGAACAAAGUUCUGUUGCUUGGCUCUGCAAGUCAGACAAUUGUUGGCAGACCCAUAGUGCCAGAUGCAACUGUUCAUGCUGUUGUUGAGGAGCAUGCACUAGAUGCUAAGGUUAUUAUUUUUAAGAAAAAGAGAAGGAAGAAUUACAGAAGAACCAAAGGGCACCGCCAGGAGCUGACCAAGUUAAGGGUAACUGAUAUUCAAGGAAUUGAGAAGCCUGACAAUGUAUUGCCUGAAAAGCCUUCUUUAAAAACUGCUAAGAAAGAACAGAAAAAGGCUGCAGUCACAGCUUAAAAAGGGUAUUCCUACCACCUUGGCCAUCAACAGUAAUUGCUCUGUAUGUCACAAGGGAGUUUUGACAAUUGGGAUGGCUUGUAGUGAGGAUGACGAUAUUACUGAUAAGCUCCAUUUUACAUCUGCAAAUGCAUGUGAGGUGGAAAUAGUCACCAUCCGCUUGGUAGUGAGGUUGAGGUUUUUUAGGAUUGAUUACACAAUUUUUCUUUUCUCUUUGUAAUGCAAUGUUUAGUGGUUCGAUGUUUGAACGUAAAUCCAUCGAUUCUUAAACUGGUUUCAAGGUGUCAAGAAAUUUAAUAAUGAAACGACUCUUUGUAUUCUAUUGUUAAUUAAAAAGGUGAUACUAUUUAAUGCGUU